AUGUCUCGGCCUGAACCAGGAUGCCCCAUGGUUGCUGCUGCUGGCGAUCCACAGACACUCAAAGUCAAAGCCAAAGAACCCGUUCGAGCAGCAGCAACGCAAGACAAAGCAACCGGAAACAAAGCCAAAGCACAGCAAAACCGAGAACGAGGUGCUCAAAACCGAACGCAAAAAAACGUCCGCUUCAUUCAAGACAAGUCCCGUCCAUCCUCCUCCAAAGCCUCAUCUUCUACGUCUGCAGCUGGUGCCGGAGCCAAGCAGCCCAAAAAGCAAGUCAAGAAAGAAGUCGCUGUCAAAAAAGCCGCAGGUCAGGCUCAAGGCAAAGCUCAGGCUCAAACGCAGUUCAAGAGCAAAGUUGUAGUUCGUCGGUUGCCGCCCAACUUACCUGAACAAGUGUUUUGGAAGGCUGUUUCUCCUUGGGUUAGGGAUGCUGCUGAUUGCCAGGCCAUCACGUCCAGCUCUGAUGGUGCUGAAGCAUCUUCAUCAACCCUCCCUGCACCAACGCCAGCUACGCCUACAGUAGAUUUCAAGAGCUUCAUUCGCGGAAAACUCAAAUCAGACAGCAACAAACAAAACAAGCUUGCUCGAGCCUACAUUCGGUUCCUCGACCCCACCUCUCUCGUCACUUUCCAUAAGAAUUUCGAUGGACAUAUCUUUCGAGAUGCAAAGGGGAAAGGAUCUGUUUCCAUUGUUGAGUUUGCUCCUUAUCAAAAGGUCGUUCUUUCCCCCAGUACCACUGGUGCUGGGGUUGGGAGAGGAAGAAGGAUGAAACCCGACCCGAAACAGGGGAGUAUUGAGAAAGAUGCGGACUAUCUAGCGUUUGUUGAAAAGCUGGAAAAUGUGGAGGACCAAGGGGUGAAGAGGUCGGAAGGGGAUCUGCUGGCCAGCUUGUGGGAUCCGAAAGAAAAGGUUCGGGAGAGGGAGGAGCAGGUGGAGAAAGGGAAAAUGACUCCGUUGUUGGAGCACUUGAGAGCGGUUAAGAUGGCGAAAAGGGAGAGUGUGGCAAGGCUGAAGAAGGCGAACAAGGCGGCGAACAAGGCGGUGGGUAAGACGACAACAACUCAGGCUGUUCCCUCCGCGAGCGCAAAUAUGGCGGCCUCGAAAGGAAAGGCAGCCGAAACAGGAAUUGCUGUAGAAGCAAAACUCGGGAAGAAGGAGAAGAGCAAGAAGAAGUCGAGGAAGGGUAAAGGUGGAGCAGAAGGUAUUGUUGUUGCUGAGGGUGGUGCAGGGAAGAAGCCAAGUAUUGCUCCCAAACAAGCAGAUGGACAGGGCGUAGUGCAGGGUUCAGCAGCGGCAAAACAGGCUCCAAAAGCACCUAAGAAGAUGGCUAAGCAGAGUCAAGCGGCGGCGGUAAACGAGGCUAAAGCGAAAGCAAAGUCUCCUCCCUCGCAGCAGCAGCAGCAGAGAAAGAAAGGCGGGUCAAAGGACAAGCCCAGCAGUGCUGCUACAACUUCAGCGACACCUGCUCCUACACCCACAGCUCUGGGCAAGAUGCAGAUUCUCAAACGUGACACCUAG